CUUUUGUUAAUUCUAAAGAAAUAUGCAGAUGUAAAUACAAUUGGAAUCCUUAUCAAGAUUGUUGUUACAAUGAAUCUGAUGUAAUAAAAGAAAAUAAAUUUUCAGAUUUGGAGUUAUAUCAAAUGAUGUUGUUUAGUGUAAUAUCUUCUAUAGCAGAUAAAUUUCCCGAUUUAUCAAAAAAUAAAAUUCCAAGAAUACCUGUUAAUGAGGAAUUUGAAGAUGCUCCAGAAAUAACACCUAUUAAAGAAGAAUUUGAAGAUACUAAAGAAAUGGAAGAUGUUAAAUUUCCAGAAAUAAAUACUGUUGAAGAAAUGACAGAUGUUAUUUCUGGAACAGUUAAUCCUAUAAAUUAUAAUUUAGCUAAAGAAAAACAACAUUUUACUUAUGAUUUAUGGAUACGAAUGAUUAAAGAUAUGGAAGAUGAUGAUGAUAUUGAAAAAUUUGGAGAUGAUAAAUAUUGGGAUUUAUCUAUUCAUUCUCUUCAACAAAAUAACCAACCUUUUGAUUGGAACGUAUUGCCAGCUAAUUAUCAACAAAUGAUACAAUUGUAUCGUAUGGCAUUAUAUUAUAAAAAAAUGGUAGAAAGAGUUUCCGCGAAUCCACAAAUAACUUAUCAAUAUAUUCAAAAUAUAUUAAUGUUUCAACAAAUACAUGCUGGUUUUGUUGCGAUUAAAACAGCUAAUGAUGCAAAAAAAUUUUAUGAUAGAUGGAAUGUUUAUAUUUCAACUAAUAUAGAAGAUGAUAAUUAUUUUCAAUAUAAAAAUUUACCGCCUGGUAUUCCAGAUGCAAUUGCUGGAUCUCGUAGAAAACGAGAAGAAGAUAGUGAUGAUGAUGAUUAUUCUAGAAAAA